GUUAUGAGAUUUUACCACUGAUGUCCAACCCAAAUGGCUCUUCACCACAAGUCAUGAGAUUUUACGACUUUCCAUUUGCUUAUAUAAACAUGUUUUGAGAAGUUCCACACCAUCACAGCUAUCCACAAAACUAGAGAACUACUCGAAAUUUCUCUUCAUCCUUUACUCAUCUUAAAUAAAAGAUCAUGGCUAUCCGUAUGCCUCGUAUUAUCAAGAAGUCUUCUACAACUGGAGAUGUUCCCAAGGGAUAUUUUGCUGUUUAUGUUGGGGAGAAGCAGAAGAAGAGAUUUGUGAUUCCCAUAUCAUUCCUAAGUCAACCGACAUUUCAAGAUUUGCUUGGUCAAGCUGAGGAAGAAUUUGGCUUCGAUCAUCCAAUGGGCGGUGUCACAAUUCCCUGCUCAGAUGACAUCUUCAUUGGCAUCACUUCUCAGUUUAGGAUAUAAGAAUAUAAUUGAGAAUCAUCUUUCCGUUUAUAGGUCUCACAAUUUUGUAUACGAAAGCAGGAGAUCUUUUUUGUACAGUUGAUUAGUUAUUAGAAGUUAAGUGAUGAGGCUUAGCACCAAAACAAUUGGUGCUUUUUAACUCAAAAAGACUCUAAUUCAAAGAGUAGAGACACAACAUUAAUUGUUUUCUCUUGCUACAAAUUUAUCCGAAAGAGAUUUUUCUUAAAUGGAUGAACAAUUUAGCUUAUAUACUUGGCCAAGAUA